AUGCCGAAGCCGACGCUGCUGCUGCGCGGGGGCUGGGAGCGCGAGCGCAGCCCCGGGGACUCGGAGCUGGGCCGCCAGUUCCGGGACUGGUGCCUGCGCACCUACGGCGACUCGGCCAAAACCAAGACGGUGACACGCAGCAAAUACCAGCGGAUCGCCGAGGUCCUGCAGGGCGGCGGCGGGACCGGCGCGGGCAGCGGCCCCGCGGCCGGCGAGAAAGGCAAGUUCCAGUUCUGGGUGCGCUCCAAGGGCUUCCGCCUGGGCAGCGGCCGGGAACCCAAGAUGGGCCAAGUGGUGUAUGUGCCGGUCAAGACGGGCUCGGGGGCAGAUGGCCUGUCGGAGCCCGAGGGCAUCUCUCUGAAGCGGGUUGCUGUGGUGGAAGAUUUCUUUGACAUCAUCUACUCGAUGCAUGUGGAGAGCUCUGCAGAGCCAGGCAAAGCCCCCAAGCACGCUGGGCAGAAGAAAACCUACCGAGCGAUUGCAGAGACCUACGCCUUCCUCCCCAGAGAGGCUGUCACCCGCUUCCUGAUGAGCUGCACUGAGUGUCAGAAGAGGAUGCACUUCAACUCCAAUGGUCUGGAGCCCAAAGAAAACGAGCCUCCAUCUCCUCUGGUCUCCGGGAUUAUUGAUUACAACAUGCCCCUCACCUCCACGUACUUGAAACAGAUGAAGUUGCGAGUGAUGAAUUCUCAGGAGCAGGAUGAGACGUCUGUGAGCAGUGAAGAUUUUGAUAUGAAUGACUCCACAUGGAUGUCAGCUGACCCCCACCUGGCCUCCAGCCUGAGCCCCAGGCAGGACGAGAGGAUGCGGAGUCCGCAGAACCUCCACAGCCAAGAGGAUGACGAUUCCUCCUCCGAGAGCGGCAGCGGCAAUGGCUCCUCCACCCUGAACCCGUCCACGUCCAGCAGCACGCAGGGCGACCCUGCCUUCCCCGAGAUGAACGGCAACGGCGCCGCAGCCCCCAUGGACUUCACUGCGGCGGCCGAGGACCAGCCCAUCAACCUGUGUGACAAGCUCCCCGCGGCCACGGCGCUCGGCACGCCGUCCUACCCUUCCGACGGCUGCGGCACCGACGGGCUGAGGAGCCGGGUCAAGUACGGCGUGAAGAGCACCCCUGAGUCCCCUCCUUACAGCUCUGGGAGCUAUGAUUCUAUCAAGACCGAGGUCAGUGGCUGUCCUGAGGACCUGACAGUGGGCCGGGCCCCCGCAGCGGAUGACGACGACGAUGACCACGAUGACCACGAGGACAACGACAAGAUGAAUGACUCUGAGGGCAUGGACCCCGAGCGUCUCAAGGCCUUUAACAUGUUUGUGCGGCUCUUUGUGGAUGAGAACCUGGACCGAAUGGUGCCCAUCUCCAAGCAACCCAAGGAGAAGAUCCAGGCCAUCAUCGAGUCAUGCAGUCGGCAGUUCCCCGAGUUCCAGGAGCGGGCCCGCAAGCGCAUCCGCACCUACCUCAAGUCCUGUCGCCGCAUGAAGAAGAACGGCAUGGAGAUGACCAGACCCACGCCCCCCCACCUGACCUCCGCCAUGGCAGAAAACAUCCUCGCAGCCGCCUGUGAGAGCGAGACGAGAAAAGCAGCUAAGAGGAUGCGCCUGGAGAUCUACCAGUCCUCCCAGGAUGAGCCCAUUGCCUUGGACAAGCAGCACUCCCGGGACUCCGCAGCCAUAACCCACUCCACCUACUCACUGCCAGCCUCCUCCUACUCCCAGGACCCUGUGUACGUCAACGGCGGCCUCAACUACAGUUACCGCAGCUAUGGGGCCUUGGGCAGCAACCUGCAGGCCCCUGCUUCCCUCCAGACAGGAAAUCACAGUAACGGGCCCACGGACCUCAGCAUGAAAGGCGGGGCCUCCACCACUCCCACCCCUCCCACGUCCACCCCUUCUAGCAACAGCACCAGCAGGACCAUGCCCACUGCCCAGCUCAGCCCCACGGAGAUCAGCGCUGUGCGGCAGCUCAUCGCUGGCUACCGAGAGUCUGCGGCCUUCCUGCUGCGCUCUGCAGAUGAACUGGAAAACCUCAUUUUACAGCAGAACUGACCCUGCCGGCCCCUGAGUGCACUACGCCAGGGAAGGAGGCUGUCCCAGCCAGGGCCCGGCUCCCAGCCUCGCCACUUGGUACAUUGUUUUCCGAAUGAGGUGGGAUUCAUAGCGCUGUUGCUAGCCAACUCCAAGCAUCUGAGACUUUGGGCACAAGGACACUUUCUUUUUGGAAUCUCACCACGGGUGCUCUGACCUGCUUGGAAGAGGCCGGGGGCAGCUCUGGAAGGGUUGGGGCUCCCCUGACAAGGCGUGGGAGCUACAGCUCUCUUUAGAAUCACUUCGUGGACCCUGAUGUUAGAAUCCCAUUCCCAGAUAAUUACCUUUCAAGUCUUAGGUGAGCAGAAUUGCAUAUUUAUUGAGAAAAACAAAGUGGACCCUUCUUUCCCUCCCCCUUAGUAAUUUAUUUUUCUGAAAAUGGAUUCUUUUGUGUUUGUACAGAUUGCCAGUCUGUGUCUGUCUGAUCAGAAGGAUGUACCCUUGUACCCAACAUUCCCCAUCACUACACUGGUGUGGGCUGGGGGGUCCGCAGAGACAGGGCAGGUGCCAGGCUGGCUUCCCUCUGAGGGCACAGUGUACCCUGGGGAAGGCCACCACCCCUCCACCAGGCUAUCCUGUUGCAGAUCCCAGUGCCACCACAGGGAUACUGCCAGGCACUGCCAAGCAGGAGGACCUUGCCUAUACCCACUGCAAAGCAAAACAAGGCACCCACCCACUCUACAGAGCCCUAGUCGAGUGGUCACCUGUAUUCUACCUCACACUCCAGGAUGGGCUUUUCCAGGACGUGCCCUGAGCCUGUUCUCAACGGCUGUCUCCCCAGCUCCCACCCAGCGUGUCUGCCAGGGAGGUAAGUCAGACCCCAGAGUGGGUCCUGGCACUCACAACCAGCAGCUAGCAGUCACGGCCUUCUCAGCUGCCCCCUGCCCAGGAGGGUCCCUUCUUCAGGGUGUGCUGUCAGGCGGCUCCUGUCCCUUUGCCCUGUGGUUGGAGUAAAAGGGUGGUCAGGGCGUGGAGAAGCCACUUGGGUCCUCCUAGGACCAGCCCUUCUGGAGGGGCCCGUCCUUGCGUUACCCAGAGCCCCUGGAGUGUGAAAAAAGCAGAAAGAAAAGACUGGCCUGGUUUGAUUCCUCCCUGACAGGCACUUCCUCUUGCUCAGUGCAAUACCUACCAGUGCUGCUAAAACCGGGGAUUUACCCCACCUCAGCAGGCCCACGGGGCCUCUCUACACAACACUCCGUAGCCAUGACAGCAGCGGCCUGCUGCUCGUCCCUGCCCACAGAUGGCAGAAGCCCUGUUGCCUUGCCUUCCUCAGAACAGAGAGGCCCCAGGGGAGCCAGGACCAAGUGGACCCUAGGAUGGCCACAGAGCCACUCGACCUCAGAGCAGGCCCCCUCCCCAAACCAGCGAUAGGAGCGUGGCCGCUGGCUCAGCACUGUGGCAGACCACUGCUGGGCAGGGAGGGCAGGCUGACGCUUGUCCCCUCAGAUUUGGAGCGGCAGGGCAGGACUGCCUCGCUCCCUGUGCCCAUGUGUACCCUGAGGUUUGGGGUGGUCUCCCACGUGGCCCCCAACACACUCAGCCACACCACCUCUGCCUUCCAUGUGCCCGGGCCCCAGGCCUCUCUGGUCAGAGCCAGGACACCAGAGCCCUCUCCACACAGCACAAGUCCCAGCACCCAAGGCCUCCCCCACAGCCGGCCGUCUAUGUGCCCAGUCCCCACCUGCCCGGUUUGACUCCCAGACUAUGUUUGAAUUUGUGUAAAUAUUUAUUUUUGUGUGUGAACAAUACUGCAAAUUAAUCAGUAGAUCUUUUGAAAAAUGUUACCCCAGGCAAUUUGUGAAAAUCUUAAUGUUAAAAAACUGGCAGAGACAAUCGCCGCCCUUCAACUCCCGAUUAUCAGUUGCUUAAUAUGUUGUUUCUCCUCCCAGAGGCAGCACCCAGACUAGACACAAACCGUUUGAGAGACUGGGAAGGGGGAUCCUCCCUCCACCCAUGGGGAUCAGCUUUAAGCCACAGCUGAAAGCCACACUUCCUUCGUACACGCUAUGUGACCAACCACCGUCAGCUGCCGUGCGAGCCGAGGGCCAUGUGUUUUAAAGUAAAAGUGAACAAAUGGCAGUGGUGACAGCCUGGGGGUGGGCGUGGGGGGAAGGUCUUCAGGACAGAGGGCUCUGUCAUGUGGACUCCUUCUCAGAGAGUUUGAACUUGAUACCCCAGAGAUGAGGGCUGGGGUCAGGAACAAGUUACUAUGUAAAAAGAUUCCAUUAGCCAGUUCAGUCAGGGAACUUGUUCUGUUUUCCUUUUUGUUUUUAAAAGAUGUGGCUUCAAACCCUUCCCUAUACACCCGACGCAGAACGCAGAGAGCACCUUAACUGGUUCUGAUGGCCCCAGCUCGCUGCUGCUCACCCUCGGGGAGGGGCCUCCUCCUCCCACAGCCACUUAGGGCACGAAGUAAUCAUUGAUGGUCCCCAGUCAAAAAGGAGAUACAAGAGUAGGAUCUGCCAGUCUGAGUCUGCAGGGGCUGCUCCCACAGGCAGGGGGAAUGGGAGACAUGGGCACUAGGUCUCACUGGCAAUCAUCUGUUAGGCCAGUGACAGCGCAUAUAACCCAUCUGCAAUCACUUUGCCGCCGCCACCCGACAGUUUAUUCCUAAGGACCAUGUUGGGGAAGGCGGGGCUAGGAGGGUCUCAGAGGAUUUGGGACAGGUGGCACCCACCCGUGUUUCCCCUCACAAGGGCCAUGAAUGACUCCAGGGGUGGUUAUAGGAUUAACUACACGUUCAUUUUCAAAAUGCUGCUUUGAACUCAGAGGGUUGAUACUUUUAAUUUGUAAUUUUUUGUAAAACUUUAUACAAGAUAGUAAAGUAUUUCACCAGAAUACCAGUUUCAAUCCGUCCGUGGUCUGAUUUUUAUAUAAUUUAGUGGUGCUUUAGAAACUUUGUUUUGUUGUUUCUGAGCUCAACAGCUCAAUUCUUUCUCGCCUGUAUCUACCUAAGACCAAUGUGAACCUUUGUAUUUUGCUCCUAAUUUUGGACUCAGUGGAAGUGUACUGUUUACAUGUACAGACGCCCCACCCCUGUGUGUUCUGCAAGACUCGCUCUUGAGGAGGAAGAUGCACCUCACUGAGCUCAUCUGCUUAGCAAAGCCACAAAACAAAACCUCUCACUCUCUACCUGUUUCCACCUAAAAACACAAACAAAAAUCUACAAACAGAGCACGGAUUUGCUGACACGGACUCCACCUGGUCGAUGCCAAGUGCCUCCAUCAGCUGUCCGGCCAGAGGAAUAGGAACAGCACCCCCUGUGGGCAGCACCUGGCAAAGGAGCAAAGGCAGGAUGUGGCCACUGGGCUCUCGGAAGAACAGUCCCACAGAGCAGCCAGGCAGUGAGAAGGUCGCGGUGAAUCGUGAGGCCUUCAGGAACAAGCAAGCCAAGGAUUUAGGGACUACUGAGGCUGCCAGUUGUCUGGCAUAAUUUAGGUGUUUUGGAAGAGUGCAAGUUCCAUGUCAGACUUUUCAGUGCAGAUGGUACAGGUGACUCUUCAGGGCUCUGGGGAGGGGGAAGGGCUCCAGACAGUACGCAUAUGGCACUUACUACAAGCAGCGGAUGGCACCAGCUUUCAAGGUGACUGUUUAUUAAUCAGUGGCUUCACCUCUAAAUUAUAUUUUUACAGAUAUGCACCUAUGCAACUUAAUGUGGCUCUUCUAAGCAGGUGAGGACUUCCUCCUCAAUGCUCUCUAUAAAAAAGUAUUUGUGUUCUGUACAGUGAGUUUUUUUCCAGUAAAUGUGGCUUAAUAUUUUUAAUUCUUAGAAUGUGUCUUCUAUGUGAUGCGAUUAAAUUCUGUUUUGUUUGUGGAAUGACUAGCACAGGCCGACUCCCUCUCCCCCUCACUUAACAGAAGACCAAUGAGCUGUUAAUCGAGCUGUUAUCUCCAUGGUAUUACUGCUAAAUGCACUGAUUUCAUAAGUAUGUGGAAUCCUUUUCCUUUUGAAUCUGUAUAUCAUAUAUAAGGCUGAAUCGACUUAAUAAACACUGAACAACAAACUGAA